GAACGGUUAGAAACAUCCUUCGACACGACGACAUCAGCAGCACCUGGCAGCAGUGUCUGAUACAACACAGUAGCUUCGCGACUCUCGCUCCUGCUGCCCUGGACUACAGGCGCCUCUCUCCAAGGCUGACUGUAACCCAAUGAGAGCCCAGUGAUGGGUAAGGAGAAGCUCCAUAUCAACAUCGUGGUCAUUGGCCAUGUGGAUUCAGGGAAGUCCACCACCACAGGCCACCUCAUUUACAAGUGUGGCGGCAUCGACAAGAGGACCAUUGAAAAGUUUGAGAAGGAAGCUGCAGAGAUGGGAAAAGGCUCUUUUAAGUACGCUUGGGUCCUUGACAAGUUAAAAGCUGAGAGAGAGCGAGGCAUCACCAUCGAUAUCUCUCUGUGGAAGUUUGAGACCAGCAAAUACUAUGUCACCAUCAUUGAUGCUCCAGGACACAGAGACUUUAUCAAGAACAUGAUCACUGGCACUUCACAGGCGGACUGUGCUGUGUUGAUUGUGGCAGCUGGCGUUGGAGAAUUUGAGGCUGGUAUCUCGAAGAAUGGCCAAACACGAGAGCAUGCUUUGCUGGCAUACACCCUGGGCGUCAAACAGCUGAUUGUGGGUGUCAACAAGAUGGACUCUACUGAACCUAAUUACAGCCAGAAGCGCUAUGAGGAGAUUGUGAAGGAAGUCAGCACUUAUAUCAAGAAAAUCGGCUACAACCCCGAUACAGUGGCAUUUGUUCCAAUCUCUGGAUGGAAUGGAGAUAACAUGCUGGAGGCCAGCCCAAACAUGACCUGGUUCAAAGGCUGGAAGAUCACUCGUAAGGAUGGGAGUGUCUCUGGGACGACUCUGUUGGAGGCUCUGGAUGCCAUUCAGCCUCCAACCCGCCCCACUGACAAACCCCUUCGCCUCCCACUGCAGGACGUCUACAAGAUUGGAGGUCGCUUUGCAGUGCGUGACAUGCGUCAAACCGUAGCAGUGGGCGUCAUCAAGGGGGUUGAGAAGAAGACCCCAACCUCUGGGAAGGUCACUAAAUCUGCCCAAAAGGCCCAGAAGAGCAAAUGAAUGUUGUGCUGGGCUGCGAACACUUGGGUCAGCCACACCAUCCCUCCUCUUCCCAGCUCCAUAAAUAAAGCUUGGUUAAUUAUCACAAUGCAUCGCAAAAGCAAAAGAAGGAAAAGUAAAACUCUCGCCUGCUUGACAAUGAUUACGAUUGUGAUAAGUAUAUUUGUUUAAUUUUAUGUUCUGUUUGAAUUUUAAGUCUUCGUUGUGGUAUUUGUUCUAUUGUUAAUUUGUUAUAAGCACUUUAAGCAGAUCUGCCUCUAGUGGGAAUGUAGAGUAAGCUUUGUUUAUAUUGUAGCUUGUGUUGAAAAUAUAAACCCUCUUGCUAAUUUUGCUUAUGUAACCUUGCUUGUAAUAGUAGCUAACUCUUCUAGCUUCUAGUCUAAUAGGAAUGAUUUUAUGGUGGUCUGUUAUGUUAGUUUGAUGUGUUGUGACAGCUUUAUAAUUGAAGUUCAGUGUCUUUUUCUGUGUGCAUGAAGCUACAGUAGCUAGCGCACUUUACUGUCUACCCUGACAGCGCUCUGAACAAGCAUGAGCCAUCUUGUUUGCACUUGCACUCACGUACUUUAAAG